CGGCCAGUGCUGCUUUCCCCAAUUCCCCCGAGGAAUAAAUUUACCUGACCAGACCUACGGAGUACGCACAAAGUAGGAACAGGGUAGAGACAUCUAGCCACGGAGAAGCCUUGCGAUACGAACAACUAGAGCUACAAUAUAGAUGAAAGCCACAUUAGGGAGUCCCUCCUAUUCGUCGUCAUUCAAUCAGCCCACCGCCUCGCAGCCUCCAAGGUUCCAUCCCAAGCCGUCCUCGCGGGGGAGACAAGCCCCCCUUUAGCGAGAAUUGCUCACGCAGAAUCGAUGACGGCCGUCGUGGCAUCGCGUCGCGUUAGUCCCAGUAGCCGCAGCGCCAUGACCGCAGUGUCAGCCGCGGCGCUCCUGCUAGAGCGCAGCCUUUCGCAGUAACGACAGCUCUCUCGCUCCCUAUCGUCGACUCUACGAUACCCCAUCGUCGCUGCCCGCUGCCAGAGGCUCGUAGACUCUCAAUUGCUUCCCUAAUAACGCUGUCUUCAAAAGCCACAGCCCAGCAGCAGCAGCAGCAGGAGGAGGAGGAGGAGGAAAAACCGUCUCUGCACUGUUACGGGUUCACCAAAACGACUCGUUCUGUCCUCGAGGGCCCCCCGCCACGGCCUCUUUCCAACGCGUCAGGUUUCUUUCCCCGCCACACGCUGGACAUCCGCCUUCCGCUCUCCCUUUCCCCGCGGAAAAACUCGGUGCGUGGAUUCGGCCAACGCGUCACUCUGGGGUCGCGGAGCGCAAUAGCUCGCCCUCUUCGCCCUCUUCGUCUUCGUUUUCUUUCGUCGAGAAAGACGCUCUCUCUUUGCUUCCACUACUCUCCCUCCCAGAGCCUCCGUCCCAAAAUUUGAAAAACAUCCCCCGGACCGUCGUCCCUCCCUCCGCGCGUCCCACCGCCGCCAUGCCUCGUGGCGCGCCCUCCUCCCGUGCAUCGCGCCCGCUCCGCGUCGCUCCGCCAGCCAGUCCUCCGCGCGGUGGCGCUCCGCCGCAUGCGGGCGCGGGUGCGCCGCGUUCUCCCGUUCUGCCCGAGCUGGCUCCUCCUCCUCCGCGUUGCGCCGCAGCCACCCGCGUUCCCGGUGCACGUCAGCGAACCCAGAGCAACUGGGCCGUCCUGCCGCCGCUGCUGCUGCUGCUUUCCCUCGCGCUGCUCCCAUCGUUGCUCCCCACCGCCGUGACUGCGGACUCUAAAGACGUCCCCACGACUGCAACCCCAGCGAGUACGAGAAGAACUCAAGUCAGGCAGUCGACGAAACCGAGUCAGGAGGCUGCUUCUAGCGGGGAUUAUUCUCCGGGGAAGCGCAAUGGCUCUGGUGGAAAGUCCAAUCGCGUGCCUGGCGGUGGUGGCGCUGCUGGUGGCUCCAUCUCUCACGGACAAUGCAGCGGAAAAGAGUGCAAACAGCUUCGUGCACAUCCAAAGCAGCAAGCACGCCAUGCGUCCAACAAGCUCCCCACCCCUGUACGAGACUCUACUGUACAGUCCCAUUCUGCUACAAAAAACCCAGUCUCAAUACCCCCAUCUACAAUACACUCCUCGUCAUUCCCCUCCCCCUCGAAAAAAGUUCCCUCCUCCUCCUCUUUCUCCUCUUCCUCCUCCAACCACCAGGCAUUCAAACAGAAACCAGCAGCAACGGUAGCAUCGGGGGCAGGCGCAGCAGCAGCAGCAGCAGUAGGAGCAGGGCAGGGGAAGAGAAGCAAAGCGUACACGGGGAAGGGGUAUGCAGCAGCGUCGCCCCUGCAGAGGUUCUUUCGUUGGCUCGGUCGUCUGAUGGGACGCCGCAAGCGCAAGCGCCUUCCUCGACCUGCUCCAGCUGUGGACCCGCGGCUGGGUCUGGGCCCUGCGCAGCGGGAGGUGUAUUCUGAGGAGUACUCCAGAUUCAACCCCCAGUCCGCGUACCUCACAGCGGGGCUCACAUUUGACCCCGCCACGAGCGCGCCCAACUACCUGGCGUCGCUGCCCUCGGGCGUUGACUACUCCUCGUACCUUAGCCCGCCACGCGACCAGGGCAUGUGCGCCGCAUGCUGGGCGUUUGCAGUGGCGGGCGCAGUGGAGGGCGCGUUCCAGCUGCAGUCCUACUACCUUUCCCCAGCAGCCAUGCUGGCGGUGCAGCAGGUGCUGGACUGUGCGCCUGGCAGCUGCCGCGGGGGAUAUCCCCAGGAUGCGCUGCAGAUGUGGACGGAGAGGAACGUCACUCUGGAUGCGGUGUAUACGUACAAGGAGUCCAAGGGCGAGUGCCUCGAAUCCGUACCACUCGCUGAACCCUGUCUUCUGCCACUCAACAGAAAACCUGCCACUUCCACCGCUUCAUCUAUUCACCUCUCCUCCUCCUCUCGACUCUCCUCCUCCACUCUCCCCUCCCCCCCCUCGCCAACCCUACACCCUUUGGGCUUCGUCUCGGGUUUCUCAGUGGGCAUCAACAUGUUCGAGCAGGUGCCUCUGCCCGGCGCCGUGGGGCUGAUGCUGGUGCUGGCGAAGCAGCCGGUGGUGGUGACCAUCUACGCGUCCAUGCCCGACUUCCAGGAGUUCACGGGCAGCGGAGUGUAUAGCAACUCAGAGUGCUUUGACCCAGCCAACCCAGUGCUGGACCAUGUGAUGCUGGCUGUGGGGUACCAGUUCCUGGGGGCGUCCUCCGACGACAACUACUUCAUUCUGCGCAACAGCUGGGGCACCGAGUGGGGUGACUGCGGGUACAUCAAGAUCGCCAUGACGGGCGCUGCUGCGGGGAUCUGUGGGAUGACAUACGAGCGCGGGCUGUACCCCGUGCUGCAUGAGGGUGAUCUGUACGAUUCAUGCGCCAUGUCGCCAUGCGGGGGCGGCACUUGCACGGCCACUGCGGGCGGCAGUUACACGUGCGACUGCUCCGACCCCCUCGUGCUCGCCUACCGCCGCGAUGGCAAGGAAACGUGUGGCCUGAAGAAGGUGUGCUCGGUGUUCCCCAGCAACCCGUGUGGCACGGGGCAGUGUGUGGACCUGAACGCCGGCACGUACAUGUGCGUGUGCCCCUCCAACUACCGCGCCCACGCGCUCUCCUCGGGCAUCCUCACCUGCGUACCUAGCGGCGACAGCACCCCCUUGAACUCAUACCAGGUGCAGCAGGGCGACACGUGCUACGGCAUCUAUGUCUUUCACGGGCUCUCAGAGGCCGAGUUCUUGGAGCAGAACCAGGAAGUGGAUUGCAACAACCUGCAAGUGGGUUCGUACGUGCAGGUGGAGCGAACCUCCAAGCCCGCAUGCUCCGUGCGCUACCCCAUCUCCCAGGCAGACAGUGCAGCGGGCAGCUGCGAGGCCAUCAAUGCGCGCUUCUCCAUCGAUGCUGCUGCCGUCAACCCGGGCCUCGACUGCUCCAACCUCGUGCCGGGCCAGCAGAUCUGCAUAGAGUGGAGCGACUUCGAGAGGGGCACGAGCAACUACGCGCUGUGCACGCAGUACCGGGACAUCACGCCCACCACCACCUGCGACUCCAUCCAUUCGGAUUACGGGCUGUCGUGGCGCUCGCUGUACCGCUACAACCCCGGGAUCAUCUGCGACAAUAUCAAUGGGCUCUCUGGACAGGAGGUGUGUGUUGCAGGGCAGCCGCUAGGAGCUGUGCUGUGCGGUCCCUCACGGUCCCGCACGGUGCGCAACCGCAAGUACACGGUGCAAGCAGGCGACAGCUGUGCCUCUCUUGUUGUUGACCAAUUCAAGCGACAAUUCCCGCUUGUCGCCCAGCUGAACCGAGGCUGGAUGUGCCGAAGCCAAAGCCUUUUCGAAGGGAUGCCACUAUGCAUUCCUAUUUGAUCACGAGAAUAGACUAACACUAACCCAACUGGUCCGUAUGCUCAUUAGGUAUGCGCGGGAAUGGCCUGAUUUCUCAAGCACUACUCUCCAUAGGAGCCGUGUACCUAUUUUUAUGUUAUUAGUAUGUAUGCAUAGCAAGUUUGUUGAAUUUAGGACACGUGCAAUGUGUUGUGAUAUAAUUGAUACUU